UGUGUUUUGGAAGAGUACUGUGCCGCGAAUAUUUGAAUAUGUGUGCGAAAUGACAUCUGUUUGAUAAAUUUCUUUUGCAAAGAAAUCUGAAAAAAUGACGUCAAUGCAAUUAGUGUUUCUCUUUGACCUUAACGCGUUUAACAGUGUUCAAUUAAAGUCUACAAGGGAACUAAAUGAAAAUUUACAAAGUUUACGAUUAACUUGUUUACGAUUAUUAACUUAUUUUUCAAAUGAAGUGCGUACUUUGAGAUGGGGUUUUAAGUUCUUUGACAGUUGUGGCUCGUUAACUCAGGCUAUGGAUAAAUUUACAUAUCAAAAUUUUUCUUUGGAAAAUUUUGAAAUUCUUGAAAAUGAAAUAUGUUUAAGGUAUCAAAGACAUGUUUCUUACUUGGAAGCAUUAGCAGAAUCUGUUCAACGGAAUACUACGUUAGCUUCCAAUAUGCUCUCUAGCAAUCAAAAUGAACUACAGAAACCAUAUCCUAUUAAACUAUUACAAUUAGCAUUAACACAAAUUCUUUGUGAGUACCAUUGGGAAAGUUUUGAUGUAACUUCACCAGUUAGAUCCACUAAUGAACAAAUUGAACGAAAAAAUUAUUUGUUUUUUGUCACAAAGUGUACAGAAACUGUUGAAGACUUCAAAUGCUACUUUGGAGUGAAGCAUGUACCUGUGAAAAAUUCUCGAAUCCAUUCGCUAUUACUUUCUCCAUCAUUACAUAAACAACUCUUAGGUAGAGCAGGCAUACAGUGGGUAUGGCUAAGUACAUCAAAAAAUAACUUUUUAAGCACUUCUAAAUCAGAAGUUUUGAGUAAAAUGUCUGAUGCCUUACAGUCACUGCAGUGUUCUCUUAUUCCUCUUUCUGUUUUAUCGCAACCAGUUCGCAGACCUACAAUUAAAGAAAAAAAUAAUCUGACAAUGGAUCCUGCAGAUGAAUCUACAAAUAGCCUAUAUGUUCAUUAUGCAUUUAUACCAUUUUCAACUGUUUUCCGUCAAAGCCUACGUUAUCCAUUUUACUCUAUCAAUGAUCAUAUGAUUAACAAAUCUGUACUUUGCUCUCCACAAAAUGGGAAAGAGAUUCCUGUUUCCAUUAUUAAUUUUUCAUUACAAUCAAAAAGAGACGAGAAAAGAUCAUCAGAAAAAUAUAACAAUACUGCGAGUGAGGCAUGUAAUACCGCUGCAUGGUCAAAAUUUGUAAUUCGAUAUGCAGUGAAAAGAAAUAUUCAUAGCACAGCAUAUGAUCUGCUGUUGUGUUUACCAUUAGUUUCGGCUACAUCUUCAACAGAUUUCAACUUCAGAGAUUUAAUUAAAGCUCUGAUCAUAGAAGAUAAAAGCUUAGUUGUAGAUUGUGAAACAGUCACACCUGGCUUGAUGAUACCAGGUUUAUUUUCUCCAUUGUCUGAUGAUGCAGCUGUCAUUUCUAUAAUAGAUCCUGCAGUUAGCUUCUUUGAACAUAAGAAGAUUGAUUUUCCCAAAAGCAUUCAUCAUAAGCAAGUAAAUGAAGUUGAACUGAAAGCAGAAAUAGAGAAAGAAAUGAAAUGCUUAUUAGAUUCAAAAGAAGUAACACCAUCAGUUGAAGUAAAAAAGGAUGGCUUUCUUAUCAAGCCUUUUGAAGCUGAAUGUUUAGAAACUUGGUUUGCACCAAAUCAAUCUCUUUCUAAUCUGGCAAAUGAAAUUAGUACUGAUCAAAUUACUAG